GAGGGAAAAUUUUCAGUAGCGUUUUCGCUCCUUGAAAUUUCAGGAAAAUAUGUGGGUGCGAUCAACCUGAGAUGUCCGUUUCUCCGUGGCUAUCCCCCAAUCAGACUCUGAUUCGAUUCACGAUUCCGACUGUUUCAGCUCGAGAUCACCUUCCAUUGAUUCGUUCGAAUUUCGCAACCGCUUUUACCGGAGGAUCGGACAUGGCAGUUAACUCCGUUCGUGUCGCCGUCGCUCAAAUGACCUCCAUUAACGACCUCUCUUUCAACUUCGCUACAUGUUCUCGCCUCGUCAAAGAAGCAGUUUCAGCUGGAGCAAAACUGGUAUGCUUCCCAGAGGAUUUUUCUUUUAUGCCUGCCAAAGAUGGGGAAGGUCAAAAGAUUGCAGAGCCUUUAGACGGACCAAUUAUGAAUCAGUACUGCUCUUUAGCAAGAGAAUCCAGCAUAUGGCUAUCACUUGGAGGCUUCCAAGAAAAGGGACCUGAUGAUGAACAUUUCUACAACACACAUGUCAUAGUUGAUGACAGUGGAACUAUCAGGAGCACUUAUAGGAAAAUACACCUGUUCGAUGUCGACGUUCCUGGUGGAAGAGUAUAUAAAGAAAGCAGCUAUACAAAGGCAGGAGAAGACAUUGUGGCAGUUGACAGUCCUAUUGGAAGACUUGGCCUGACUGUAUGCUAUGAUUUGAGAUUUCCAGAGCUCUACCAGCAGUUGAGAUUCCAACACAAUUCUCAAGUCUUAUUGGUUCCUUCAGCUUUUACAAAAGAAACUGGGGAGGCACAUUGGGAAAUUCUUCUUCGUUCUCGUGCAAUUGAGAAUCAAUGCUAUGUCAUAGCUGCUGCUCAAGCGGGAAAAGCAAAUGGGAAAAGAGAGAGUUAUGGUGACUCCUUAAUCAUUGAUCCAUGGGGAAAAAUAGUCGGUCGAUUAUCUGAUCGAUUAGCAACUGGCAUUACCGUAGCAGACAUUGAUUUUGAUUUGAUCGAGUCAGUGAGGUCAAGGCUUCCAAUUGCUCAGCAACGGAAGCCCUUCGACUUCUGGAAACCAGCGUCUAUGUGACUCCUUACAGUUCACUCAUCCAGGUGCAUUUACAUUGUUUUUAAGCUAUCACACAUUUCUUGGUCAACUGGGUGAUCAAUUUGAUGUCUAUUUAAUGUCAA